AUGGCCUACCAGGGGUCCGGCGCGCACUCGCCCAAAUACGAGAGCCAUCAAGAGGCUCCCAGCUCGCAAUAUCGGGAGGAUGAAGAUGCCUCGCAUGGACUGCUGUCGCACCAGCAGGGGCCCUUUGCGACACCCUUUGAUGACCCGCACUCCCGUGGGGUCUCCCCCGUACGCCCGGCCUCGGGUUACAGUCUGACCGAGACGUAUGCCUCCGACGCAGCACCUGGCUACCACGAUCCCUAUGCGACCGGGUCUGUCUACUCGGGCCAGACCGAGAACCCCGCAACCGCGUUUGGCGUCCCGGGCCGGGUCCCGUCGCCGUACGCGCGGAGCGAGACUUCCUCCACUGAGGCCUGGCGCCAGCGACAAGCCCCAGGCGGUGGAAAUUCGGGCGGCGGCAACCUCCGUCGAUAUGCCACUCGGAAAGUGAAGCUGGUUCAGGGUUCCGUCCUGAGUGUCGACUACCCCGUGCCCAGUGCCAUUCAAAAUGCUAUCCAGGCCAAAUACCGUAACGACCUCGAGGGUGGCAGCGAAGAGUUCACACACAUGCGGUAUACCGCUGCGACGUGCGAUCCCAAUGAGUUCACUCUCCACAAUGGUUACAACUUGCGUCCCGCCAUGUACAACCGCCACACCGAGCUGCUCAUCGCCAUUACCUACUACAACGAGGACAAGACCCUGACCUCGCGUACCCUGCACGGUGUGAUGCAAAACAUUCGUGAUAUUGUCAACCUCAAGAAGUCGGAGUUCUGGAACAAGGGGGGUCCCGCAUGGCAGAAGAUUGUCGUGGCCCUCGUGUUCGACGGUAUCGAUCCUUGCGACAAGGACACCUUGGAUGUCCUGGCCACCGUCGGUAUCUACCAGGAUGGCGUGAUGAAGCGCGAUGUGGACGGCAAGGAGACGGUGGCCCACAUCUUCGAAUACACGACCCAGCUGUCGGUGACACCAAGCCAGCAGCUCAUCCGUCCGACCGAUGACAGCCCUAGCACUCUGCCCCCUGUGCAGAUGAUGUUCUGUCUGAAGCAGAAGAACAGCAAGAAGAUUAACUCGCAUCGUUGGCUUUUCAACGCUUUUGGUCGGAUUCUCAACCCGGAGAUCUGUAUCUUGCUCGACGCAGGAACUAAGCCCGGCCCGAAAUCCCUCCUGUCCCUUUGGGAGGCCUUCUACAAUGACAAGGAUCUGGGAGGUGCCUGUGGUGAAAUCCACGCCAUGUUGGGUAAGGGCUGGCGUAACCUGAUCAAUCCGCUGGUGGCAGCGCAAAACUUUGAGUACAAGAUUAGUAAUAUCUUGGACAAGCCUCUGGAGAGUUCAUUUGGUUAUGUGUCCGUGUUGCCUGGUGCCUUCUCUGCCUAUCGCUUCCGUGCGAUCAUGGGCCGUCCGCUGGAGCAAUACUUCCACGGUGACCACACUCUGUCGAAGCAGCUCGGUAAGAAGGGUAUUGAAGGUAUGAACAUUUUCAAGAAAAACAUGUUCUUGGCCGAGGAUCGUAUCCUCUGUUUCGAAUUGGUCGCCAAGGCCGGCUCCAAGUGGCACCUGUCGUAUGUCAAGGCUUCCAAGGCCGAGACGGAUGUGCCUGAAGGUGCGGCCGAGUUCAUCUCACAGCGUCGUCGUUGGUUGAACGGCUCCUUCGCAGCUGGUAUUUAUUCGCUGAUGCACUUCGGCCGUAUGUACAAGUCGGGCCACAACAUCAUUCGCAUGUUCUUCCUGCACAUCCAGAUGCUUUACAACAUUUUCAACACCAUUCUCACCUGGUUCUCACUGGCCUCCUACUGGCUCACGACCGUUGUUAUUAUCGACUUGGUUGGUACCCCGAGCGAGAGCAACGGUGAAAAGGCUUUCCCCUUCGGAGCCGACGCGACUCCUAUCGUCAACACGAUCAUCAAGUAUGUGUAUCUGGGCUUCCUGCUGCUUCAGUUCAUUCUUGCCCUCGGUAAUCGUCCGAAGGGUUCCAAGUUCUCGUACCUGGCUUCCUUUGUGGUCUUCGGCCUCAUUCAGGUCUAUAUUGUGGUCGACUCGCUGUAUCUGGUGAUUCGCGCCUUUAGUGGAGGCGCGCCGAUGGAUUUCGUUACCAACAAAGGUGUUGGGGCUUUCCUCAGCUCUUUCUUUGGUUCCUCGGGUGCUGGUAUCAUUAUCAUCGCCCUGGCCGCCACUUUCGGUCUUUACUUCGUCGCCUCGUUCAUGUACGCCGAUCCAUGGCACAUGUUCACCUCGUUCCCCGCCUAUAUGGUCCUGCAGUCCUCCUACAUCAACAUCCUGAACGUCUAUGCCUUCAGCAAUUGGCACGAUGUGUCUUGGGGUACUAAAGGUUCGGACAAAGCUGAUGCGCUGCCCUCUGCCAAGACGACCAAGGAUGAAGGCAGUAAGGACGCGGUCAUAGAGGAAAUUGAUAAACCUCAAGCGGAUAUCGAUAGCCAGUUUGAGGCCACCGUCAAGCGCGCGCUCACUCCUUACGUUGCUCCCGUUGAACACGACGAGAAAUCCCUCGAGGACUCAUACAAGAGCUUCCGUACUCGUCUCGUCACCUUCUGGAUUUUCAGUAAUGCCUUCUUGGCCGUCUGUAUUACUAGCGAGGCGGUGGACAAGUUCGGCUUCACGGCCCUUCUGUGGUCCAACGCCAUCAUGGCCCUGUUCCGCUUCAUCGGUGCCUGUUGGUUCCUGGGUCGCACUGGUAUCAAGUGCUGCUUCGCCCGCCGGUAG